AAUAAAACAAUACUUUGUUGCAUCAAACAUUUUAAUCUUGCUAAAAUGGAAGAGAUUGCAGUCAAAGUCGCUGUACGGAUUCGACCUCUGCUUCCGAAAGAAAUCCUCCACAACCAUCAAGUUUGUGUUCGGGUUGUUCCCAACACACAGCAAGUUGUGAUUGGGAAAGAUCGUGCUUUUACAUUUGAUUUCGUAUUUGGACAGAAAUCAUCCCAAGAAGACGUAUAUUCUGCCUGUGUAAAACCUUUAGUGAUAUCUGUAAUCGAAGGUUAUAAUGCCACUGUCUUUGCUUAUGGACAAACAGGAUCUGGGAAAACAUAUACGAUUGGUGGAGGACAUAUAGCUUCAUUUUCUGAUGAGUUGAAAGGCAUUAUUCCACGUGCCAUUCAUGAGAUCUUCCAGAACAUCACUGAAAAUCACAAUGUAGACUUUAAUGUUAAAGUAUCCUAUAUUGAAGUGUAUAAAGAGGAGUUAAGAGACCUUUUGGAGUUACAGAGCACCAGCAAAGACAUUCAUAUCAGAGAAGAUGAAAAAGGAAACACAGUGAUUAUUGGGGCAAAGGAGUGUGAAAUUGAGACUCCAGAUGAAAUGAUGAGUCUAUUGGAGGCUGGCAAUGCAGCUCGACACACAGGUACCACACAGAUGAAUGAACACUCCAGCCGGUCACAUGCCAUUUUCACAAUGUACCUCAAUCAAAAACGGCCUGAAAAUGAGCAGCAAUCAAAUACUGAUGAGGAGCACAUUAUAAAAGAAUCAAUAAGGUCAUAUCAACUGAUUUCUUCCAAAUUUUGCUUUGUCGACCUAGCUGGUUCUGAAAGGGUUACCAAAACAGGAAACACAGGUGAACGAUUUAAGGAAUCAAUUCAAAUAAACAGUGGUCUCCUGGCACUUGGCAAUGUGAUCAGUGCUCUUGGAGACCCAAAGAGAAAAAGUAUACACAUUCCAUACAGGGAUACUAAGAUAACACGUUUGUUGAAGGACUCUCUUGGAGGAAAUGCUAAAACUGUGAUGGUCGCAUGCAUUAGCCCCUCAUCAACUAGUUUUGAUGAAUCCUUAAACACUCUGAAAUAUGCCAAUCGAGCCAAGGACAUAAGAAACAAACCUAUUGUAAAUUACGACCCAGACUGGGAUCGGAUAGAUGAAAUGGAAUUACAAAUCAAAACACUCCGGGAAGCACUGCAGAAUCAACAGACAAGCCUUCUGACUCGUGCUAGUCAGGUUUCUCAGGAUUUGUUUCAAGACAAAAAACGGAUCCAUUCCCUGGAGGAGCAGGUUGCCCAUCUACAAAUGGAAAGCUAUCACUAUAAACAUUGCAUUGAUGAAGCAUUACACUUCUUCUUGGAAUUUAGAGAUGCAAACAGUUUGAAAGAAAAUCAGUGGCAAAAGCUGAAGGAGUGGUUCAACAUGGUAGAGGAACUGCAAAAUGAAUUACCUGACCUGUUUGGCACUGAUAGUGGAAUUGGAAAUGGAGGACAGGAUUCUCAUCACAUUACAAUAUUUCAACUGAAAAGAGAGCUGAAGAAAUGCCAGGAUGCCCUGGCCACAGAUGAGGAGUUAUUCAGUCUAAAAGCAUCUGAGCUGAAGGAUGCACUAGGGCAAAUACAUGCUUUGAAACAGGAAAAGGAACAAUAUUUGGCAGCUUUAACAGAAACCCAAGAAAGGUGUCGUAUUCAAAAUGACAAAAUAGUUGAACAACAACUUGUUAUGGAUCAACUCCAAGAAAAGUUACAGCUCCUUAAAACUGAAAAAGUUUCAAUUCAUUGCAAAAGUUCAAAGGAAGUACCUUUAGCUGUGACCACAGCAAGAAGACCCCACAGUGUGCCAUUAUUAAAAGUCCAUCUUAAGUCUUUCAAUAUAAUUCAGUCUAGUCAAGCUACUCCCAGUACAGAUUCCAGAAAGGUGCACACAAGCCCCCCUUCUUAUGCUCUUGAUAGAGUGGUGGCAAGUUUUCGAAUGCGCAGUCAGAUGUUAGUUGAUCACCUUGAAGAGCAUGAUGAGGUUCUUCGUCAUAAAUUAGAUGAUGAUAGUGAUGAUGAGGAAGAAGAAAAGAAGAAAGAAAAUAUAAACACGCAGCCUUCAAGGCACCCAAUAAAACAUACUUGGACUCAAAAACCAUCCCAUGUGGUUAACAACUUAAAGUUAUUCAAAAAAGGUUUCCAUAUGGACAAUCAAGAAAAGGGUGACAACAAAACAGAAUUGGACUCAGGGAAAGCUCCACAACAGAAUUCUUCCUCUGAGGCUGACCGUUUGCGACAGAGCCAAGUGUUAAACAUGAAGAAAUUGAAGACUGCAGACAAGGAUGUGGCGCAUUCCAAGCAGAAAAUAAGGGAACUUGCCAUCAAUAUUCGUAUGAAGGAAGAACUCAUUAAAGAAUUGGUUAAAACAGGUCAAGAUGCUCAAGCUGUAAACCGACAGUAUUACCAAAAGAUCACUCAAUUAGAACAAGAAGCUGAGCAGGCCAAGACUGAGCUGUCAGAAGCUCAGAAACAAUUACAGGAACUGGAGAACAAGGAACUUCGGGAUGCUGCAGAGAAAGCAAAGCUACAAAAAGAAUUCCGCAAGAAAAUGGAAACCGCCAAAGUUAAAAUGCAGAGCCUGCAGAGGAAACAACAGGAAACAAAGAAGUUGUUUUCUUUAUCGGCGCAGAGUGAGAAGCAUUUGAUCCAAUUGAGUCAGAAUGUGGAAAAUAUGAAACAACAGCAACAGUUGCUUCAGAAGAAACUGCAUGAAGAAAGCGAGAAAAAACGAAAACUGGAAAAUGAGAUUGAAAGAGAUCAGCAACUAAUUAAAGAGUUGGAAUUAAAACGAGAACAGCAGCAGAAAAUUCUGAAAAAGAAAGCUGGAGAGAUUACCCAUCUGAAGAAAACAAAGUGUUCCCCUAUCAUCUCACAGGAACAGCAGAGGAUUGAUGAACAACGCAAAUGGUUGGAUGAGGAGGUGGAGAAAGUUCUGCAGCAAAGACAAGCUCUAGCUGAGUUGGAAGAGGACUUGAGAAAAAGGGAAGUUAUUGUAGACAAAAAAGAAGCACUAUUACAGGAGAAAAACCAAUUGGAAAUGAAACGGUUACGCUCCAGUCAGGCUUUGAACAAAGAUAUUUUAAAUUUAUCCAUUCGUUUAAACACAAUAGAAAGGGAAUUAUCAGACAAAAGCACUCAACUUCAGAAUAGUACUGCAGAGGAAAGAAAAACCAUUUCAGAAGAGAUGCAAGUACUUCAAUGGGAAAGAGCUCAGCUGCUGAAAAGAAGACACUGUCUGGAUGAGAAAUUAGAGCUUGGAAAUGUUCUGUCACCUGAGGAAGAGCGAAUACUCUUCCAAUUGGAGGAAGGCAUUGAAGCUCUGGAUGCUGCCAUAGAAUACAAAAAUGAAACUAUUAAUUGUCGUCAAGAUUCAUUGAGGGCCUCAGAUGGUAGCCUUAACCAAAAUGAGGCAAAUGUAAUGUUUAGACUGGGUGCUUUAUCGGCUGCUGAGACAAGAGUCCUUCUAUGCAGAUACUUUAAUAAGGUCGUUAGCCUACGUGAGACUGAACGCAGUUUGCAGGUGCAGUGUGCAGAAAUGUCUGUGAAGGUAACUGAACAAGAGAAUGUAGUCCAUGAAUUAGAAUCUGCAGUGGAACGUUUAUCAAUGGAGAUAGACAGACGACUAACUAUGCAACAGAAGGAGCAUGAACAGAAGAUGCAGUUGGUCUUACAGUACUUUAAAGACAGAACUAGUGAUGGACUUGCAGAUGGCAUUAAGGCACAUGAAUCAAAAAUUCAACAACUGGAGAAGGACCUGUAUUUCUACAAAAAAACAAGUAGAGAAUUAAAGAAAAAACUGAGGGAAUUGGUCGAAUCGUUAAACCAGAAUCAGCAUGUGGCAGCUUCAAAAAAUAAUGGAACUGGUAAUACAGUAUUAAGCCCAGGAGGAGGAGAAGUUUAUAUAAUGGAACAAAAAUGGGCUUCAAGAGCAUCCAAAAGUACUGGAGAAGGAAAUAUCAGUUCGCCAGCCAUAUCAGGAACACAUAAAAAUCAAAAAUUAUGGGAAGAAACUUCUGAAAUGGCACAUGUCUCCACAAAAAUGAUACCUGAGCAAGAGUAUUCAUUCAGUUCAGAAAUGACAGAUGAAGUACAGUCAUCAAAUGCCCUCACUUCAUCUUUCAAGCCAUCUCAGAUAGUUGAGAAGACAUCACAGCCUCAUGUCAUUACUCCUGUAAGAUUAUCCCGCAAAGAGCUGCGACAGAUUACGGCAACACAAGUAUCCAUGAGACGUUCUAGUUACAGUCACAGUGUAAAUUCCAUCCCUACAGAUUCUAUUGAAAUAACCAGGAAAUCUGUGGACUUCAAUAAGUAGCGUAAAGUUUGCUUGUUAUGAAUCUUGAAAUGUUCUUAUACUGGAACCAUACAAGCUAAUUCCUGAUUGAG